UGCCAUCGUAUCGGAACGGGAGAAGAAGCUUCAAAGUCUCCUUAUCGGGGGCGGUUGCGGGGGAGGACAUUAUCGGCAUCGGGGGGGACGGAGGACGCUGCGGGGGCGGAGGCGGCUGUGGUGGCCCUCCGCUGGUUGAACUUCGAGAGGAGUGAGUGCUCAAGCGGCCUCUCGGCGGAGUCAGCGGUGAAGGCACCGGAGGAAGUUCGGUGGGGGGGUUAUGUACGUCAGGGACUGCUGACGCGGGGGCGAGCACUGUCGGCGAGGCGGACUGAGCAGGAUCCGCGGACUCGGACUCCGAGACUCCUUCUUCACCUGCACUCUCCUCAGGCUCAGGCUCUGGCGCAGGGUCUGGAGGGAGAUCUCCUCGCGCUUGACUUGGACCAGCGACCAGUCGGGGAAGAUGGGAGCUGGGGGAGACAGGGCGAGAAUGCCGCGAGGCAGAUCGGGAUGCAAGGGUGCUUCGAGGACCGAGCAGAUGUAGUCCUGGUCAAUCGAUCGGGGUGUCCGAUUUGGGCACGGCUGCUGUUCGCAGAUGAGGAUGAGUUGUGGGAGUCAAGCGACAGGAGAAAACCUAAAGGCUGGGGGCGUUUGACUGGGUCUCACCGAAGCAAUGGUGAGCAGCGCUCAAACCUAAGGCUAGGGACAAGAAUGUAUUGGUUAGGACAAGAGGUCGAAACUGAGGUCCCUAGGGCAGCAGAGGCUGGCUUAUAUACAGGGGGAGAUAAGGGCAGGCUGUGCGCACUGGUCCGUGCACAGCUGGUCCGUGCACACCAUGCUAAUGCAGCCCUGGGGGCCAUAGAUAGCGAUGUGUCCAUAUCAGGCAUGUAG